AUGAGACGAGGCGAGCAGCUUCAGGCCCGGGUGCAGCUACAGGAAUGCUCUGGCUCCAUUCUGGACUUGAUCUUCUGCCAGCUUCAGUUCAGCCCUGCCUCCCAGCUGGACUCAGGCUGUUCUCCUCACUGCUUCCAGAUGCUAAAGCUGCUGCUGCUGCUGCUGCUGCUGCUGCUGGCACUGUCCCUCCCGGCUAGCCUAUUGCACACUGCCUCUCGCCCAGCUGAGCAGCGAGUGGGCAUCAUGGGAGGUCACGAGGCUUCUGAGAGUAAGUGGCCCUGGCAGGCAAGCCUGAGAUUUAAACUCAACUUUUGGAUGCAUUUCUGUGUCGGCUCCGUCAUCCACCCACAGUGGGUGCUUACUGUGGCACACUGGGUGGGACUGCACAUCCGAAGCCCACAGUUCUUCCGGGUGCAGCUUCGGGAGCAGCAUCUGCACUAUGGGCACCAGUUGCUGCCUGUGAACAGGGUCAUCGCACACCCCAGCUAUUACACGGCUGAGGUUGGGGCAGAGAGUGCCCUGCUGGAGCUUGGGGACCCUGUGAAUGUCUCCACCCAUAUCCACUCCACAUCCCUGCCCCCUGCCUUGGAGACCUUCCCCUCAGGAACAUCAUGCUGGGUGACAGGUUGGGGUGACAUUGAUAAUGAUGAGCCCCUCCCUCCACCUCAUCCACUGAAGCAAGUGAAGGUCCCCAUUGUGGAAAACAGCCUCUGUGACUGCAAGUACCACACUGGCCUCUGCACGAGAGAUAAUGUUCUCAUUGUCUGUGAUGAUGUGCUGUGUGCUGGAAAUACCAGAAAUGACUCUUGCCAGGGGGGGCUGUGUGGCGACUCAGGGGGGCCGCUGGUCUGCAAAGUGAAGGGUGCCUGGCUGCAAGUUGUGGUCAGCUGGGGUGAGGGCUGUGCGGAGGCUAACCAUCCUGGCAUCUACACCCGUGUGACCUACUACUUGAACUGGAUCUGCCGAUAUGUCCCUGAGCACUCCUGGGCUGCCUCCAGGGUCAGGGAAGAGCCAGGCUCCCGCUGUCUUUAA